AUGGACCAGCUUCAAUCACCCACCACCAAAGAUGCCCACAAUGCCAAUCCUGAACCUUCCAACUCCAGCAAUGACGAACCACUCUUUGAAGAAUUUGACAGCACCUGCUCUACGCCUUAUGUCAGUGCCCCUUCCAGUCUCGGUCGUGGGCUCCCCGGAUUCUUUUACAGCGCCCCCGCCAGUCCUAUGCACUUCGCCAUAACCGCAGCAUCCUCCUACGACAACACUUCCUCUUCCGCUCCAAUGGGUUACGAGUUCGAAUUUUCCGCCCGGUUUAGCUCAGUCGGUUCAGCGGGCUCAGGUUCCAUGAGCUCUGCAGACGAGUUGUUCCUGAACGGUCAGAUCCGCCCCAUGAAGCUCUCGACUCACCUUGAACGUCCCCAAGUUCUCGCUCCGUUGUUGGAUCUGGAAGGAGAAGAAGAAGAAGAGGAAGAAUCCGAAGCAGUUAGUGUCAGCGUGGUCCGAGGCAGAGAUCUGAGGCUGCGGGACAAGUCUGUUAGGAGGAGAACCAGAUCCAUGUCCCCUCUCCGAAGCAACACCCCUUUGGAGUGGGCAGAGAACGAGGAGGAUCCUGUUAUUUACGGAGAUCACAGCGUUAGCGUGAGCUCGGGGAAGCAAAUCGAUGUUAGUUCGUCCGAAGUGGAGAACAGAAGGGAGAAAGCGGAGGAUAGUCUGGGUGUAGGUUUGGAGACAACUCCCUCGGUCUCAGGUUCGGCUUCGUCCUCUCGCUCCUCUUCAGCUGGUAGAAGCUCGAAGCGUUGGGUAUUCUUAAAGGACUUUCUCCGAAGCAAAAGCGAAGGAAGGAGUAACAACAAGUUCUGGUCCACCAUUUCUUUCUCCCCAACCAAAGACAAGAAACCCGCCACUUCCACUACUCAAACUCAGAAUGCCCCAACAAACAUAAAAAACGGGCCUUCUUCUUCGGAAGCCCCGCAGAAGUCGAAAGGAAGUAGUUCUCAGGCUUGGGCCCGAAGAAUGAGCGGGAAGCCUACCAACGGUGUAGGGAAAAGGCGCGUGCCACCUUCGCCGCACGAGUUGCAUUAUAAAGCGAACCGGGCCCAAUCAGAGGAGUUGAGGAAAAAGACCUUUCUGCCCUACAGGCAGGGUCUGCUUGGGUGCUUGGGCUUUAGUUCGAAGGGUUAUGGUGCCAUGAAUGGCUUCGCUAGAGCCCUAAACCCUGUUUCCUCCAGGUAA